GAGCGGCGAUGUCGAUGCUCGCUCUCGCCGUUCGUCGCGGCGCGCACGUGUUCCGCGACGCCGCGCGUGCCACCGGCGUCCGUCCCCUCGCCUCGUUCCACUGCAGCGCCCAGACGAUGGGUGCCUUCAACGAUAACGUCACGUUCUCCCACAUCGCUCGCGAGUGGCGCUGCAAGUGGGAGUCCAAGGAGGGCGACCUCGCCGAGCUCCAGAAGGUCCUGGACUCCAAGCUCGCCGCCAUCAAGGCUGUUGACGGGGUCGUCUCUGUGCAGCGCGUCGUCUGCGGUGGCUGCCAGGAUUACAAGGUCGUGACCAAGCUCGACGCCGACAAGUUCGGCGCCUGGGAGGAGGCCAAGUUCGCCCCGGAGCCCGAGUUCCUCGCCGAGAUCGAGAAGCUCGGCGUGAAGAGGAUCGAGACCCAGACGUACACGCUGGAGACCCUCUAGACGUCCUUAGAUCUAGACCUCGCAUGAGAGGGACGAUCGACGCGACCCCUCGGGGAAGCCGAAAGCGGAGCCAUCUUAAUCAACCGCAUUUACAUCGCAUC